AUGAACAGCUACACUGAAUGGCGGAUAGGUCUUCUGUUGACCUUUGCUUUGGGUUGCGCGUCCCGGGAUGUGUUCUCAGAGGAGCUUCUCGCAGCAUGGGUCAGUCCCAAACACCUCCUUGUACAUCUCCACUUUGACCAAGUGACCUCCGCGUCGCGUCUCCAUACAAGCUUCCCCCAUGCCAUCCGGCAUCUGGUGGCCACGAUACCUCUGCAUGACGUGGAGCUCUCCCUGACGGCAGGCAGAUGGCGCUACAAAGAAUGGGGCUGGCCGCUUGUGCCAGUGAAGGCCGUCGGAGCGGUUUUGGAUGCAACCUUCCACUCCGGGCUGGAGGCACCAAUCCUGGACGCCCAUUGGGCUGCUCUCGUGAACGCGCUGUCGGGGCUUUCCUGCGCCUCCCUCAGCCUGCUGCAAGCCCCUGGUAGCGUCAGUGGCGGUGGCGUCCGGGUGCAAGAGCUCCUGAGGUUGAUAACCUCCGGGGGUAAUAACUGGGCUGAGGGUCCCAUCGGGAUAACCGGGCAGCGCCUGCAUGCCAUGCUGCCCCACGAGCCGUUUUGUACUGAGAACCUGACACCAUGGCUAAGGCUGCUGCCGUGCCGUGAUCAGGGUGGCUUGGCCUCCCUGCUGCGCCAUCGCCAUACAGUCUUCGGAGCAGAGUACGUGUCCCUUAGUCUCAAGCUGGAACGUAUAGCCGGGGCCGAUCAGGGCCAACAGGUGGUCCGCCUGGUGCAGACCUUCACGCUGGUGCUGCGUACGGCAGCAUCCCCGCAGCCGCACCUGGACGCGCCGCCACCGGAUAUGAAUCUGGAUCUGGAGUCAAUCCUCGGGGCCCGCGUCGACCAUUUCUGUCCCGCGGCAAUCCGCAGCGAGGUUUUCCUUGCUGAGCCCCAAGGGCCUGCCUCCGCCACAACAUGGGCCGCUCCUGGUGGAACCGCAUCUUGCCAACCAGAAGCUGAUGAAGCUCGGUCGGGGGCUGCAGCGCGUGUGGCCUCCGUGUUGCCGCCCUUGCGCCGCUAUGAUACGCUGGAGCUGUUGGAAAUCCGAGGGUGGGCUCUGGGCCUACGCUUGCCGAGCCCACACCCGCAGCUCAGCGCCCAGCGCCGCGAGGCUGCUGGGAAGGAGACGCAGGUGGAUGGCGACGGCUGGGCGGGUCGGGACCUGCAGGUGGUCACAGGGCCUGGCGCGGACCUGCUGGUGGAGCGUUACGUGACGGGUGCGGGCCUGCUAAAGGGUGGCAUGGUCCUGCGGAUGGAGCGCUCCGCGGAGCUGCGAGCGCGACUGGCAGACACCCGUAGCUCCGGGUGUGAUAGCAGUGGCGGGGGAGAUGGUGGCACGUGCGCGUCGUCUGUUGUGUGUGUGAACCAGGUGUUUCCCUGGUAUGUGCGACCAUGGAUGCACACGCUUUUGGUGCUGUAUGAUGGCCAGAACCCCCUGCCCAUGCAGAAGGUAUCGCUGCGGUCACACCUCGUGGCGCAGCAGGUACGGCCGGCGGUACAGCGGUCCUCACCCGGGGUGCUGGACCUGUGCCUGCGUGUGCCGCCAACGGUCGCGGAGGUUCAGCUGCGGAUCGCUUUUAGCAAGGCCUUUCUCACCGUUUUUGAAUACCCGCCCGAUGCGCACCGCGGCUUUGACGUCCCAGCGGCUCUCGUGAGCUACAUGGACCCGUUCUAUGCGCUCGAUGUUCAGUGGCGCGCGCACACGGAGGGCUCGCUUGGAAAUGGAGGCGUGGAGGCAGACGCGGAUGGGGGGGUGGCUUCACCGCUGCUCCGUGCGCUGUCUAGGGACGCCGUACAGCAGGUAUUUAGUGGCGGUCUCCUGGUGCCGCUGGCGGCGCCUGACUUUAGCAUGCCCUACAAUGUCAUCUGCCUAUCGUCCACCGUGCUGGCCGUCUACUUCGGUGCAAUAGUCAAUCUGCUCACCAGGCGGGGCUCUACAGACGCGAGCUCCACGCCGGAACGUGCCAGGGCCUCAACACGCGGCAAGGUGCUGCAGGCGGUGCUGAUGCUGGUGCUCUUCGUUGCACUGGCAUUGUACCUGGAUGCGGAACUUCGGGAGCGAGUGAAGGGCUUGCUGACUGGACUGGGAUUUCCGACGCAUUGAAACACAUGACGUUAAUCUGUUGCGCGUGCACGGGGUUUCUGGCUCUGUCCGAGCGCACAUGCCCACACGGCUGCCAGGUGACUGGCAUGGAGCAGGAUGGAGAUGUGCACAAUUUGGCUGAGGUAUUGGCCUAAUAACUACCUGUAGACUUACGCUUCAACGAAGAAGGCAAU